AUGUCAGGAGCGGCAGAGGCGAACUUGGAUCCCAGACUGCCUGUAAAUGUUGAUUCAAUGCGCUGCAUCAUGGACACUAUGCGCAAAGUCAAGCCUGGUGUUCGAGUUAUUUUCCCUUCGAGUCUGGCAGUGUUUGGGCAGAACUCCGAGGAGGCCUUCAUUGACGAUUCUACCAUGCCGGUCCCGCAGUCAUCCUAUAGAGCGCAGAAGUUCAUGAUUGAAACCCUACUGAACGACUUCUCUCGCCGAGGCUUAUUGGAUGGCCGAAUUGUGAGGCUACCCACUAUCAUCGUCCGGCUGGGGAAGCCGACUGGAGCAGCAUCAUCAUUUUGUUCUGGAGUUAUCCGCGAACCUCUAAACGGAGAAAGGAGCGCCCUGCCAGUGCCGCGUCAUCUCAAGCCCUGGGUCUGCUCGACAAGAACAAUUAUCAAAAAUCUGCUGAUUGCUGGAAAUAUCCCAGAGCCUGCGUACGGGUCAGGAAGCCGGACGUUGAAUCUAUCAGGUAUCACAGUGACCGUCCAGGAAAUGCUCAAUGCAUUGGAGAUCGUCGGCGGAAAGAGUGCCCUCUCCCUUGUUGAGGAGAUACCAGACGAGACAGUCGCCAUGAUUGUAGGCUCUUGGCUAGCUAGGUUCGAUGUGUCUCGAGCCAGGGCGUUGGGAUUUCAGGAUGAUGGCCUGCUCUUGCAGACUGUUGAGCAAUCUAUUGAGGAUGUCAUGUCCCUACCGAAAACAUAA